AUGGACCAUGUAGAGAAGGACCAUGCAGAGAAGGACCAUGCAGAGAAGGACCAUGCAGGGAAGGACCAUGUAGAGAAGAACCAUGUAGAGAAGGACCAGGCAGAGAAGGACCAUGUAGAGAAGGACCAUGUAGAGAAGGACCAUGUAGGGAAGGACCAUGUAGAGAAGGACCCUGUAGAGAAGGACCAUGUAGGGAAGGACCAUGUAGGGAAGGACCAUGUAGAGAAGGACCAUGUAGGGAAGGACCAUGCAGAGAAGGACCGUGUAGGGAAGGACCAUGUAGAGAAGGACCGUGUAGGGAAGGACCAUGUAGAGAAGGACCGUGUAGAGAAGGACCGUGUAGAAAAGGACCGUGUAGAAAAGGACCGUGUAGAAAAGGACCAUGUAGAGAAGGACCAUGUAGAGAAGGACCAUGUAGAGAAGGACCAUGUAGGGAAGGACCAUGCAGAGAAGGACCAUGCAGAGAAGGACCAUGUAGGGAAGGACCAUGUAGAGAAGGACCAUGUAGAAAAGGACCAUGUAGAGAAGGACCGUGUAGAAAAGGACCAUGUAGAGAAGGACCGUGUAGAAAAGGACCAUGUAGAGAAGGACCAUGUAGGGAAGGACCAUGUAGAGAAGGACCAUGUAGAGAAGAACCAUAAGGACCAUGCAGAGAAGGACCAUGCAGGGAAGGACCAUGUAGAGAAGAACCAUGUAGAGAAGGACCAUGUAGAGAAGGACCAUGUAGAGAAGGACCAUGUAGGGAAGGACCAUGUAGGGAAGGACCAUGUAGGGAAGGACCAUGUAGAGAAGGACCCUGUAGAGAAGGACCAUGUAGGGAAGGACCAUGUAGAGAAGGACCAUGUAGGGAAGGACCAUGCAGAGAAGGACCGUGUAGGGAAGGACCAUGUAGAGAAGGACCGUGUAGGGAAGGACCAUGUAGAGAAGGACCAUGUAGAAAAGGACCGUGUAGAGAAGGACCAUGUAGAAAAGGACCAUGUAGGGAAGGACCGUGUAGAAAAGGACCAUGUAGAGAAGGACCAUGUAGAGAAGGACCAUGUAGGGAAGGACCAUGCAGAGAAGGACCAUGCAGAGAAGGACCAUGUAGGGAAGGACCAUGUAGAGAAGGACCAUGUAGAAAAGGACCAUGUAGAGAAGGACCGUGCAGAGAAGGACCAUGUAGGGAAGGACCAUGUAGGGAACGACCAUGUAGGGAAGGACCAUGCAGAGAAGGACCAUGUAGAGAAGGACCAUGUAGGGAAGGACCAUGCAGAGAAGGACCAUGUAGGGAAGGACCAUGUAGGGAAGGACCAUGCAGAGAAGGACCAUGUAGAGAAGGACCAUGUAGGGAAGGACCAUGCAGAGAAGGACCAUGUAGGGAAGGACCAUGUAGGGAAGGACCAUGCAGAGAAGGACCAUGCAGAGAAGGACCAUGCAGAGAAGGACCAUGCAGAGAAGGACCAUGUAGGGAAGGACCAUGUAGAGAAGGACCAUGUAGGGAAGGACCAUAUAGAAAAGGACCAUGUAGAGAAGGACCAUGCAGAGAAGGACCAUGUAGAGAAGGACCAUGUAGAGAAGGACCAUGUAGGGAAGGACCAUGUUGGGAAGGACCAUGCAGGGAAGGACCAUGCAGAGAAGGACCAUGUAGAGAAGGACCAUGUAGAGAAGGACCAUGUAGGGAAGGACCAUGUUGGGAAGGACCAUGUAGAGAAGGACCAUGUAGAGAAGGACCAUGCCUGGUACGUUAUUGCAAGGGCAUUGGGCCACACGGGGUCAUUGUGCUGA